AUGGCUAUCCUACCAGGCGCCCACAGGCGCCGCCACCGGCCAUCCUCGCCAUGCUCCAGCCUUCUCUUCCUCUUCCUCCUUGCGCUCUCUGCCGUCGUCUGCUGUUCCCACGGCUCCGCUCCUGCCUCUCACACAUGCACAGCCUCUUACGGGAGCCUGGGUGCAUUAGGAGCCGAGCCGCUCCGUCUGAGAGGAGGAGGGCUAUGGCGAAGUUCGAGGGAGAGCAAGGGCACGGAGAGAGGAGGAAUGCAAAUUCUUAGCACGAUAAGGAAGAAGAUUGCUGUUGGAGAGGCCUGGUUGUACAAAUAUCCAGCAAGGCUACUUAGCAACUUGUUCUCGAGGAAACCCAAAGCCCGCGCCAAUAACCAGGAUGAAGAGAAAAUGUCGAAAAGAGGAAACUGGCAUCUGCGGGGAGGUGGAUUGAGUGAUGAUCGUGCAAGGAAAAGUAUUGAGAUCGACGAUACCAGCAUCGAGAGCAUGCUCAAGUCGGCGCCGUACAUCCAAUGGGACGGCAACCAGCUAUUUACGAUACCCAAAGGACACAUUGAGGGGAUGAGAUCGAGUGCGAGUUUCUAUGCCAACAAGCCUCUCUUGAAGCAGGUGUUGAAGGAGAUGCUUGAGAACCAGGCAAAUGGGAGCAAGGGAGGCUUUCUGUCCGCCAUCCAGCAGCUUUCCAACGUAGCAACGCUACCUGGAGUGGUGUCGAGCUCUAUAGGCAUGCCCGACAUCCAUAGCGGAUAUGGAUUUGCGAUAGGAAAUGUCGCGGCUGUUGACAUGGAUGAUGAUGAUUCUGUCGUCUCUCCAGGCGGUGUCGGCUUCGAUAUCAACUGCGGGGUUCGGUUGCUGCGUACAAACCUUCACGAGCGCGAUGUGAUAGAUCUCCUCUUCAAGAACAUCCCAGUGGGAGUUGGUGAAGGAAGUGUGUUGGGUCAAGCGGACGGCAAGGUUUCAGCAACACGGAGAGCUUGGAGGGAGUUGAGUCUGUAUGCACAGGAGCUUGAUGAUAUCCUCCGGCGAGGAAUGGCGUGGGCUGAGGAGAGGAAUUUGUGUUGGCCGGAAGAUCGGGAAGUGGUCGAAGAGAGAGGAUCUUUCGAAGGCGCAGACCCAGAUGCUGUGAGUGACCGUGCGAAAGCGCGAGGAAGAAAUCAAUGCGGGUCACUUGGUGUGCAAAGCGAAGGUUCCGGCAAUCACUACGCAGAGGUUCAAGUGGUGGAGGAAGUAUACGAUGAAGAAGCAGCUUCCGCGAUGGGUCUCAAACUUGGCACUGUUUGUAUCAUGCUGCAUAGUGGAAGCAGAGGUCUUGGGCAUCAGGUCUGUACGGAUGCCGUGGCCGAGGCAGAGAAGGGGAUCUCGGUAGUAGACAGGCAGUUGGCUUGCUGUCGUAUCAAGUCCAAGGAGGGACAGAAGUACCUUGCUGCCAUGCGAGCAGCAGCGAAUUUCGCGUUUGUCAAUCGAUGUCUGAUGGCAAAAGCUGUCCGGCAAAGCUUCGCAACAAUCUUUGAGAGGGACGAGAAGGAACUCGGAAUGAGCACAGUUUACGAUGUAUCCCACAACAUUGCGAAGGUUGAGGAGCACAUGGUGGAUGGAGUCAAAAAGAAGGUCCUGGUGCACCGCAAAGGGGCGACGAGGGCCUUCGGCCCUGGAUCUCCAGAGAUCUGUGACAAGUAUCGGAGCAUCGGACAACCCGUCCUCGUCGGUGGCUCCAUGGGAACGUGCAGCUACGUCCUCACGGGGACGGCCAAGGCCAUGGAGAGCACGUUCGGCUCGACCUGCCAUGGAGCUGGAAGAGCGAUGAGCCGAUCACAAGCGAUGCGAAGCCUUGACUCCAGGGCUGUUUUGAAGGAGGUGGAGGAUCGAGGAUGUACAGCGAGGGUCGCGACCAAGAAGUUGGUAGCGGAGGAGGCGCCACAAAGCUACAAGGAUGUUAGCGAGGUCAUCGAGACGUGCCAUGCAGCUGGCAUCUCAAGGAAGUGCGUGAAGCUCAGACCCGUCAUCUGCAUCAAAGGAUAG